UACAUAAAACAAGGUGUUGGAUUACACUUGGAUUCUAGGAAAGACAUGGCGGACACAUCGAGGUUGACGAGUGGAGACAUGACAGGACUUCUGGUAAUUGUUCUUUGGGCGUCCUUGUCCAUUCCAUGUGGAGCUCUGGAGGUGAAUAUGGAAUGCUUCCCUGACGACACGAUUGUGAUAACCAACCCUGACCCGGGAACGUGGCUAAGCGCGUAUGCAGAAGACUCGACAAACAUAUGCACGGUUACCAUGGCGGCUGAUAUGUCAACAAUCUCUCUAACAGGAUGUAAAAAGGACGACAACAUCGUGGUGUCGUUGUCGAGCAGCAGCGGGGACAGUCCAACCAUAAUUGGAGGCCUGGACGCCACAAUCUUCAUCGUCCACUGUAAGGAAGACGGUAUCUCCAAAGACGUUGUACAGGGAGUUGUCGUUUCAACACUUGUACCGACGAGCGGGCCUCCGGUGACUCCCAGUGUAGGCGUCACGAUGAACUUCCGGGACGUUGACCACACGGGGACUAUCGUCACUUCCGGCGUUGUAGGGAAUACCCUCACAUGGACUCUCGAGGUUGACGAGGACUACUACUUGAAGGUAUUGAGCUGUUCCGUCAACCCUGGAACGACCGAGGAUCAGGACACGAAAGCCACUGUCAUCACUGAUGGUUGUACAGACCUGCCCAAUUUGGCACGGAGCUUCCAUCCGUCCAAGAGCGCAGUGGUGGGUACCACCCGCGUCUACCACACCGCUUUGACCAUGUUUCGCUUCCUCCAGAGUAACAAUGUCUUCUUCCAGUGCACCUUGCUCAUAUGUCCGCCUGACGGCCAGUCAAACUGCGACAUGACUUGCUCAAACGUGUCAAAGCGGUCUUUGUCCGGUAGGAGUAUAAACAAAAAGGUCAUUGACGGCACGGCGCUCCGUGUUGUCGCCAGUAGGAAUAUCCGCAUCUUGGAGCCCACUAUGACUCGACAAGUAAAUGGUGGGGAAAGAUUUGGAGGCAAUGUUUUGACAAUGAUGGCGUUGCUUGUGUUUAACCUGUCCGUCUGACUCUGUGCCCUGCUCCCGUGACUUGAACUGACGCGCCAAAUUACUUUGUAUUAGAAAACGAAUGUUAAUUUUUGAAAGAUAAUAAAUCUCUAUUAUUGAUUAAAAUACAAAAAUUAUGCAUAAAUAGUUUUAGUUUAAUAGCUGGCAGAUAUGAGUUUUGCUGAGUACUACAAAAUACAUGCCCGCUCCACAUAUAGCACUGGCAAUGUAAACUACAUGUAUAUGCGAACGUAUUUAAAUGCAUGCUCAAUUCCCAUAGUGAUAUAAUAUUGUUUAUCAUUUCUAGAACAUGUCUUAAUGUCUUUAUACCCUAGUUCUACUGUAAGUGUGUGCAGGUGUAAUUCAAUAUCCACUUAUAUGAUUUCUUUGUAUAAUAUAUAUGUGUGGAAUCAU